AGCAGUUCCAUCAUCAGUUGGCAGUGCCAGCCGCGGAUUACGCAUCUCACGCGGCGCCGCCACACACCACACCACACCGCGAUGGCCGAUCUCCACCUCCUCCACCCGCCGGAGCCCGACACCAACGGCGGCGGGGCCGCCGCCUCCGCCUCCGCCGCCGCGCUGCUCCUCCCCGCCGACCCCGCGGCCGAGGCGGCGGCGGCCGCGGCCGCGCCGGACCCCCCCGCGCCCCCCUACUCCAAGCGCCGCCGCCGCCCCAGCGUCCGCCUCGGCGACAUUGGCGCGCAGGCCACGGCCUCCGACGCGCAGCUCCCGCGCCGCCACCGCAAGCCGUCCUCCCACCCGCGCCCCCCGCGCCGCUCCCACCCGGACGACGCCCUCGACCCCGCCGCCCGCGCCCGCGGGCCCAAGCCCGGCCAGCGCCGCCCGCGCACGGCCUGGAUCCCGGCGCCCCACGGCGGCGCCGACGGCUACGAGGACGAGGAGGGCCACCACCACUACUACGACGACGCCGACCAGUCCGACUCCGCCGCCGCCGCCGCCCGGGCCGCUAGGGUUUCGGGCAGCCGCGAGGCCAGCGUCGACGAGUCCGACGGCGUCGCCGACUGGGGCCUCCCCAACGGCGGCGCGGCCUGCUACGGCGGCGGCGGCGGCGUCAGGGCCUGGCUCGACGGGCUCGGCCUCUCCCGGUACGCCCCCGUGUUCGAGAUCCACGAGGUGGACGACGAGGUGCUCCCGCUGCUCACCCUGGAGGACCUCAAGGACAUGGGCAUCGGCGCCGUCGGCUCCAGGAGGAAGAUGUUCGCCGCCAUCCAGAAGCUCCGCAGCGGCGACACCGUGUCCUGAGUUGGAAAUACAGAAAAGGAAAGAGAAGGGAGAAGAUGAUCCAGCCAACUGGCUAAAGGCAUAAAAGGAAUGCUAGGGAUAAAUGCCGGGGAGGGAGGCUGAGGGGGUUGCCACUGAUUACUGUGGCAGGGUGGCAGCAAAUGUGCCAUGUCCAUGCCGCUGGGGCUCGAUAGCGCCGCAAUGGCAGGCCAGGCGCGGAGGUAACCACACUGGAAUGUUUUGUUUGCACGUAUGUUUGUAAACAUGUUGUGCUUGCAAGCAUGUAUGUCUUGUAUGUAAGGUAAAGGGGCUUACCUGACGAUGAUCGCCGGUCCUUGGGUGGAUUCUGUUGAGCACACUAGGAUGAUUGAGAUGAACGUGGGUCUGGCAUGGGGUGUGGUAACUCUGGUAAGGGGUGCUCGGGUAGCCAGGGUGACUUGCCCAUGGAACCGCCGCACGCCUCGCUCCGUGGCAGAGAGCUGGGCUGCCAGGGGAGUUUCACAGGCAAAUCAUCCUUGGCUAUCGAAGAUGGCCUCUUACCCCCAUGCAAGACCUCCCUCACCUGUGUCCUCUGUGCUGGUGCAGUAGUAGUUAACUGAUGAUGCCUUAAUGCCUUGCCUGGCCAUGUAUUUAUAAGAAGGUGGGGGCAGCGUGUUUUGGCGGCGAGGCAGCGUGUUUUGACACAGCUAAAGGCAACUAGAGUGAAGAAUCUUGGCCUUCGACAUGACAUGCGGAAGGCGUCGAUCGACCAGGCCAAAUAACCAACGGGGCCACUCUCUCACCUCACCUGGCUGCUGGAUGUGAAGAUCUCUGUGUAUCUUGCUGCCUUUAUUUCCUUUUCGGAGGGCAUCCAGGGAUUUGGAUUUGGAUUUAUUUAGAUUUGGGUUUGUGAAGGGGUUGUUCAGGUUGGCUGGUUGACCAGUGCGGACGGACGGACAGACCACUCGGGCUGGGUUCGGUUCCAUCCACAUCCACUUGCAUUCAUUCCCAGGCAUGGAUCACAUC